UUGACCUUUUCUUUAAUAAAAGACCACAGUGACUUAGACAAUUAGUUAAAACUUUGAUACAGAAAGAUGAAAGAAGUUUUAUUAGUCAUACUUGCUAUCGUCUGUUCAGUAGCUAAUGCUGUGUCAGAUAAUGAAGAUGAUAUGCCAAAAAGACUUAGCGCCACUGAAAGUCUUGUUCAGGAACUUCUUCAUGAAGUGAACCUCUUGAAAUCUCAAGAUAAGCAUCGGCAAAAGAAAGUGCUUUACUUAGAGAAAGAACUACGUUUACAGCGCCAAAGGAGCUCUAACUUGGAAAAGAUUGUUAAGAAGAUAACAGUAUGUGAAAGAGAGCAAGUCAAAACUGACGAGAAAGCUGCAACUAAUAAGGAACAAGUUUCAGAUGCUUCAACAAACCGCAUACGCAGACAUCAGCAAAAUCCCCCGUUGCAUUCUUUGCAAAGAGAAAUGCCCAUCUUCAACAUGCCAGUGCCCACCAAACCGUUAUCUUUGACGCCAUCGUAACUAAUUUGGGAAAUUC